GUGGAAUUUGAUGGCUGUAACUGGAAGCAACAUGCCUGGGUGAAAGUCCACGCUGAAGAAGUUAUAGUGUUGUUGCUGGAAGGAUCAUUGGUUUGGGCACCUCGAACUGAUCCAGUUAUGCUUCAGGGGACUCGAGUCUCACUGGCACAGUGGCCUGCACUGACCUUCACUCCUCUAGUAGAUAAGCUGGGUUUAGGCUCUGUGGUCCCAGUGGAGUUUCUUCUGGACAGACAUUUACGUUUCCUGUCUGAUGCCAGUGGAUUACGUUUGUUUCAGAUGGGAACAGAGAGUCAAAAUCAGAUUCUGCAGGAACAGCCUUCACUAAGAGAAUCUGUCAACGCAUUGAUCAGUGACCAGAAGCUUCAGGAGAUAUUUAGUAGAGGUCCUUACAGCGUCCAAGGCCAAAGAGUUAAGAUUUACCAACCAGAGGAUGAAAAUAGCUGGCUCUGUGGUGUUGUGAGCCAUCAAGAUCCAAUAACUCGUCUUAUGGAGGUGUCUGUGACUGAGAGUGGUGAAAUAAAGUCGGUGGAUCCUCGACUGAUUCAUGUGGUGAUGGAUAACACUUCUCCAAGCGAGGGAGGGGGCCUAAAAGCAGCUAAAUCAUCUAAAGGGAAAAAGAAGAAAGAAUGUCUGGAGGGAAAGGAUGGACGGAGGAGGAAAAAUGCUUCAGAUUCUGGGUGUGAUCCUGCAACAAAGAAGCUAAAGGAGAGAGGCGAAGUGGAUAGCAAUGGUAGUGAUGGAGGUGAGGCAAGUAGAGGUCCUUGGAAAGGAGGCUCCAAUAGUGAAACAGGACUGGAUUCAAGGGCCAAACAGUUGCCUUCAUUCAUCCCUCAGAUUAAUCGCAAUAUUCGCUUUGCCACUUACACCAAAGAGAAUGGCCGAACACUAGUAGUCCAAGAUGAGCCAGUUGGUGGUGACACACCAUUGCCCUUCACUCCAUUUUCCUCUGUGGCUGGACAAGCGUUACUGGUUGGAUCUGGAUGUAAAGAGGCAGGAAAAUCCCUGGAACAGGUUGGCCAAGGCACAGUGACUUCUGCAACUGCGGUUACUACAACUGCUUUGACACCGACAACUAUGAGAAUCUCUGAUACCAGUUUGCCAGCUGUUACUGGACAGGAGAAACUGAAAACAGGGCGAUCACAAGCCCAGGGAGAGAAUUCCCGAAAUUCACUUUUGGCUUCUUCUGGAUUUGGAGUCUCUCUCCCAAGUGCUUCCCAGUCCUUGGUAUUUGGGGGUGGAAGGAGCCAAUCAAAUGGAGUGGUGACUCCAGAAAGCAAGCCUUCUGGAUUUCCUUUUGGCUGUAGUACUGGACAAGAGGCUCAGAAAGAUUCUGAUCUGUCAAAGAACUUGUUUUUUCAAUGCAUGUCCCAAAAUCUACCUUCCAGUAACUACUUCACAGUCAUUUCAGAGAGCUUGACUGAAGACGCCUCUAGUCGGGACUCAUUCAAGCAGUGUACAGAGAGUAUGGGUGCUGGGAUCUGUAAAGGUAAAAUUCUUUCAGCGGACACUAAACCAGGAGCCCAGUCUGGCAGUUCUGUGGAGCGGAAGCUGCCUGGGGAAUCUAUGCCUACCCUUACUCCAGCCUUUUCACGAAGUCUGUUGAAUACUCGCCCUGCAGAUAGUCAUGAAAACCUAUUUUUACAGCCCCCAAAGCUAUCAAGAGAGGAACCCUCAAACCCUUUCCUGGCAUUUGCUGAGAAAGCAGAACUUAGUCCUUUCAGUGGCUUUGCAUCUUCAUCUCAGACAGGGGUUUCUACUCCCUCUACACCUGUGGGUCAUAAGGCCACUUCUGGCUGGCCAGAAUCGCUCACCUCUACGGACUCUUCUCUAGCUAAGAAGAAAACCUUGUUUAUAACAACUGACUCCUCAAAGAUGAUCUCCAGUACUCCUAGUUCAGCAGUUACGGCAGGUGUUCAGAGCCCUUCCACUGUAGGGAAUGGCCGUUCCACCUCACCGACCAGCAACCUGACACAGCCUAUUGAGAUGCCUACGCUUUCCUCUAGCCCAACAGAAGAAAAACCAGCUGUUGGGCCUGGGCAGCAGGACAAUCCUCUUCUGAAAACAUUUUCUAAUGUGUUUGGCAGACAUCCACCUGGCUUUUUCUCUUCACAGGCAGAAUUUCCACAGGAGAACAAAGCCCCUUUUGAAGCUGUGAAAAGGUUCUCUCUAGAUGAGCGGAGCUUGACAUCCAAACAGGACUCAGAUUCCAGUACCAAUAGUGACCUGUCAGAUUUGAGUGACUCUGAAGACCAGUUGCAGGCCAAGGCUUGUAUGAAGGGAAUCCCAGACCACUUGAUGGCAAAGCUAGGCCCCAAUGCAGAGCGCAACGCUGAAUUGCUGCUGGGGAAAGGAAAAGGGAAACAAACCCCAAAGGGCCGGCCUCGCACAGCUCCCCUAAAAGUUGGCCAGUCUGUGCUGAAAGAUAUGAGUAAGGUGAGGAAGCUGAAGCAGUCAGGUGAGCCUUUUCUCCAGGAUGGCUCUUGCAUCAAUGUAGCUCCACAUCUGCACAAGUGCCGGGAGUGCCGUCUGGAGCGGUACCGCAAAUUUAAGGAGCAAGAGCAGGAUGACUCAACUGUGGCAUGUCGCUUCUUCCACUUUCGGAGGCUGAUAUUUACCCGAAAAGGUAUUCUACGAGUCGAGGGUUUCUUGAACCCACAACAGAGUGACCCUGAUGCCAUGAGCCUAUGGAUUCCUUCCUCCUCCCCUGCAGAGGGGAUCGAUUUGGAAACUUCAAAAUAUAUCCUGGCCAAUGUUGGGGACCAGUUCUGCCAGCUUGUUAUGUCAGAGAAGGAGGCAAUGAUGAUGGUGGAGCCACAUCAGAAAGUGGCAUGGAAGAGAGCAGUACGUGGCGUGAGGGAAAUGUGUGAUGUAUGUGAGACAACGCUCUUCAAUAUUCAUUGGGUUUGUCGCAAAUGUGGUUUUGGGGUCUGUCUGGACUGUUACCGGCUGAGGAAGAAUCGUCCACGCAGUGAGACAGAGGAGAUUGGUGAUGAGGAAGUCUUCUCAUGGUUGAAGUGUGCAAAGGGUCAGUCUCAUGAACCAGAGAAUCUUAUGCCAACACAGAUCAUUCCUGGUACAG